AUGUUUCGCCAAUUCGCCUCGGUUCUUAGAACUUCUUUCAGGGGCCAAAAGCUUGUUCUGGUUCUCAAUUCCACCUCCAGAAACCACUAUAGACCAUUAUUUGCAACAGGAGUGGCAUUUGGGCUUUUCAGUGCCGCCACAACAUCGGCGAUAUUUCUCGAUGCUCCCUCCAAUUUUCCACCAGAAACUUCUGUGACCGUAGACUCCUCCAUAUCGCCUUUCCCCACAUCGCUCUCGCCAGAAGUGAACCCCAAUCUCUCGCAAAAGUACGCGUUGUUGGGAUAUGGAGUGAGAUAUGUCACAUUUUUGAGCUUCAAAGUUUACGGCAUUGGCGUCUAUAUUGCCAAUUCAGACAUCGCCAAGGCCCGUAGAAUUGUCAGUGAGGCCCUCAGGAGCGACCCUGGCUCGUUGGCUGACCCUGAAGAGUCGGCAAAAGUUAUAGCAAAAUUGCUCGAUGAAAAAGUGCUGUUUGCGGUCCGAAUUUGUCCGGUAAGAAAUACCGACUACAGCCAUCUUAAGGACGGAUUGAUCAAGUCUACGUUGGCGCAUUCCUUGAGUAAAACUAACAGAGACGUGGUGGGCGCAGGACUUGACGAAUUGAGACAAGUUUUUCAGGGAAGAAAAGGGUCGGUUCCCAAAAACCAUCUCUUGUAUUUAGAGGUUUUGAAAGACGGAUCUCUUCUGGUGUCGUAUGAAGACCCGAAGAAGGCGGUCGUGACCCCCAUGGGUGUGGUUAAGGAACCCAUGGUGGGACAGAUCUUGAUGCUACAAUAUCUCAGCGGCCGCAAACCAUUGUCUGAAGAAUUGCGUCGCAGCUGUGGUGAAAAAUUGGCUGUGUUAUAA